AUGACAUCGUCAAAGCAAGAGAGCACUUUGGCUACUACUACUCAUUUACUUGUGAGCAUCGAGGAGGAGCUCUCCAAAGACCCUAAUAUCAAAGUCCCAGAACGCUAUACUCGCAUUGAUCAUAAUCAUCAGGACCCUCCAGCUUUAGCAACCCCCAGCUUCCAAUAUCCGAUCUCCACAAUUGACAUGAAACAACUUGUUUCUCCGGAGACCGAGGACUUUGAACUUGAGAAGUUGCACUCAAUUUGCAUGGAAUGCGGACUCUUUCAGUUGGUAAACCACGGAGUUAGCUCUUCACUCAUGGAGAAGCUGAAUGAUGAGAUUGAAGGAUUCUUCAAGCUUCCCUUGGAAGAAAAAAUGAAGGUCAAGGUAAGACCAGGUGAUGUUGAAGGCUUUGGAACCGUGGUCCGUUCCGAUGACCAAAAGCUUGACUGGGGUGAUAAGAUCUAUUUGAUUGUAAACCCUAUUCAUCGAAGAAAGCCAUAUCUUUUCCCAGAACUCCCUUCAUCUCUGAGAGAAACAUUGGAGUCUUACUUAUUGGAGUUGCAAAAACUUUCCAUGACACUGUUCCGAUGUCUGGGAAAGGUCCUCAUGAUAGAAACGGGAGAGAUGGAGGAGCUGUUUGAAGAUGGAAUGCAAUCUGUGAGAAUUACUCGCUAUCCUCCCUGCCCACAACCAGAGCUGGUUUUGGGUCUCACGCCUCAUUCGGAUGCAACUGGCAUUACAAUCCUUCACCAAAUUAAUGGAGUCGAUGGUCUUCAAAUGAAGAGAGAUGGGGUUUGGAUUCCUGUAAGCUUCCUCCCAGAUGCCUUCGUCGUGAAUGUAGGAGACAUUCUUGAGAUUUUGAGCAAUGGGGUCUAUAAAAGCGUUGAGCACAGGGUAACUGUGAAUUCAAUGAAAGAGAGGAAGUCGAUUGCUGUGUUCUUCAACCCAAAAUUUGAAGCAGAGAUUGGACCAUCGUCUGCUUUAUUGAACUCAAAUAACCCACCAUUGUUUCGAAGGGUUGGAAUGGAAAAGUAUGUUAAGGAUUUCUUCUCCCGGAGGCUCAAUGGAAAGGCGUACUUAGAGCAUAUGAGAAUCAAAGCCGGAGAAGGCAGCAUGAACUAAUGACGGCCAAACUGACCAUAUGUAUCUAUAU